UCGUUAAGCGAAAAAAAUUUUUUGGGUGUAGGUGCACUUUAAAGGAUUGUAGAGUUUGCUGAUAUCAUUAUGUGGCUAAAUAGAGGCUUAAAGAAAUGUUUAAUCAUGAUGCAAUAUUCCAAACUUUCCCUAGUAAUUGGCUGAUGGCUGUAAGUGUGAUUCCGUAUAUUUUUUUAAUCCAGCUAUCCUGCAGGAUAAUUUCCAUGAGGCUGUCAAUUAUUAUUUAUAGAGUGGAUAGAAGGGCUGUUAUCAGAGAUUGAAGAAGUGAAUGGCUGAAAUUUAAUGGUUACAUAGUUAGCAACCAGCUAAUAAAGAAAUCUAAAUUCAGUGGCCAACUUUUUUCUCCUUUACUUGCCAUUACCUGGUGGGGAGCAUCAAAACCUCAGGACACAGGGACACCACAAUCAAAUAAAAUGAGUGAGUUAGAACUUGAUAUCAAGACAGCAGAUGAGUUAUUUGAUGACAAUAAAACACAAGACAUGUAUGACUUACUAUUAAAGCACAAAGAUUUGCAAAAUGCUGAGAUUGAGUGGAGAUUAGCAAGAGCGUGUAGAGUGUUGGCUGAAAAUUGUGUUGAUCACGAUACCAAGAAAAAAUUAACGUAUGAAGCUCUAGAGCAUGCCAAACUGGCUUUGGACCUUGAUGACAAGAAUUAUGCAAGCCACAAGUGGUAUGCCAUUGCCCUUUCAAUUGUUGGUGACUAUGAAGGAAAAACAGCUAAACUGAAAAAAUCUGAAAUCAUGAAGGAUCAUUUUGAGAAAGCAAUUGAAUUGAACCCAACAGAUCCUACUUCUAGAUAUCUACUGGGCCUCUGGUGUUUUACUUUUGCUGACAUGAAUUGGAUCACCAAAAAAGCAGCUGCUACUCUCUUUGCCACACCACCAUCGUCUUCGUAUGAGGAGGCUUUGUCACAUUUUCAAGAAGCUGAAAAGUUGGAACCAAACUUCUUCAGCAAGAACCAUGUAAUGCUGGGAAAAACAUUACUAAGACAAAAUAAGAAGGACGAAGCUAAAGUGUGGCUUAGUAAAGCUGUCAAUGAGAAUCCAUGUAAAACAGUCGAUGACGAAGCGGCAAAAGAUGAAGCUAAGGAGCUACUUAAAAGUUUAUAAACUGCAUUGAUUUUAGAAAAUGGAUUCACAAUUAGGUUCAUCGUUGACAAAGUUGUAAGGGUUGGCCCAUUUUAAUUCACAUUAAACACAUCACUUAGUAUAAUGACAAGAAAACUAUUUCUAGUUGCAUUUCUUUAUUGUAAAUUAACUUAUAAGGUUCUAGACCAGGAUUACAAAUUCACCAUGCAGCACGGUCUGUGGAAAGUUGCCUCUAUGUGGAAAUCAGUACACCUUGUUAGUUGAUUAGAGUGACAUCUUUCAUGGUACAUAUUUAACAGCUGGUGGAGUGUCAUGUAUAGUCUUCAACCAUAAUCAGUGCUCAGAAUAUGGCAAGGAAACCCGAAGAGUUUCAGUCAUUGGAAGAUAACACUGACAGUUCUGUGGCCUCAUAAAUUUGUAUCUAAACAAAUAAAUGUUUAUCGCAACAAA